AUGGGGUAUAGACCAGUUCAGGUUGUUGAACUUGUACGCCGGUAUUCCUUGUGUGUGCCCCUCCAGGACAUCUACAAAAUUGGAAGUAUUGGUACUGUCCCUGUGGGUGGAGUGGAGAGUGGUGUUCUCAUACAUGGCAUGGUGGUCACCUUUGCUCCACUCAACAUUAAUGAAGUAAAAUCUGCUGAAAUGCACCAUGAAGCUUUGAGUAAAGCCCUUCCUGGGGACAAUGUGGGCUUCAAUGUCAAGAACAUGUCUGUCAAAGAUGUGCGAGUGGCUGGUGACUGUGACCCAUCAAUGGAAGCGGCUGGCUUUCCUGUUCAAGUAAUAAUCUUGAACCUCCAGGGCCAAAUCAGUGCUGGAUAUGCACCUGUGCUGGAUUGCUGCACAGCUCACGUUGCUUGCAAGUUUGCUAAGCUGAAGGAAAAGAUGGAUCAUUGUCUGGGAAAAAAGCUAGAAGAUGGCCCCAAAUUCUUGAAAUCUGGUGAUGCUGCCAUCAUUGAUAUGGUUCUUGGCAAGCCCAUGUAUGUUGAGAGCUUCUCUGACUAUCCUCCUCUGGGCCGUUUUGCUGAUUGUGACAUGAGAAAGAUGGUUGCUGUGGGUGUCAUCAAAGCAGUGGACAAGGAGGCAGCUGGAGCUGGCAAGGUCACCAAGUCUGCACAGAAAGCUUAGAAGGUGAAAUGAAUAUUAUCCCCAAUCCCGGCCACCCCAGUCUUAAUCAGUGGUGGAGGAAGGGUCUCAGAAAAACUGUUUGUCUCAACUGGCCAUUUAAGUUUAAUAGUAAAAGACUGGUUAAUGAUAACAAUACAUCGUAAAACCUUCAUCAGGAAAGGAAAAUGUUUUGUGGCCAUUUGUUUUGUGUGGCAGUUUUUUUUUUUAUGUUGGGGGUAGGAGUUUAUUAAUUUAUUUGCUGUGUUGUGUCUUCGUUUCUGUGCGAGGGCUUUCUCUAGUUGUGGCACGCGGGGGCCAUUCUUCAUCGCGGUGCACGGGCCU